UCAGGGGCGGGCGGGCGGGCGGCCGCCCCUCAGGCGCGGCGGGCGGGAAAACACCUGCGCUUCCCGAGGGGAGCUGCAGGCUCCUCAGGCGGGGACGCGCCGCGCCGCCGGGCCUCCUUCCCGCCUCAGGCGGCGGGCUUCGCCUGUCUCGGCGGCGGCAGCUCUGCCGGGCCGGGGAUGGCCCACGGCGAGGCCGGCCGCGGGUGGGAGAGGGGCCGGGGGGGGUGUGUGGGGAACGAGGCGGGCGCCGGGCCUCCUCCGUCGCGGCGUUUGGAGCGAACCUCACAUCUGUGAUGUGCUUCGGCAGGCGAACGUCCAGGCUCCAGGUCCCCGUCUGUCGGACGGGAGAGAAACGAGCUGGUAUUUCUGCAUGAGUGUGAAAGAGCCAGAGUGCCGCCCUGCAUGCAGCAGCAUGGGAGGAGUAGACAUUGACAGCACUGUAACAUGGGCUGCAAGGGGAGGUGUAACCCACCUGCACCUGAAGCAACGCUCCCCGGGGAGUGCCGGUCAGGUCAGGCGGAAUUCUCAUCCCAGCCGGAUCGCUCCCUUCAGCACGCCCUGCUGUCUCUCUGGCUCCGCUCUCCAUUUGUCAAGACAGACGUUCUUUCCUCAUCCUGCAUUGCGGCCUUACCGAGUCCCAACGCUCCCUCAGUCUCCAGGGGAAGGCUCUCACCAUUUUGGCCAAGCAACGGGGCUGGGACUCCCUGAGGUAGAGCGGGUGCCGUGCCCCUACGACGUCCAUCACCGCGUCCCCCGGGCGUCGCUGGAGAGGCACGCCGCGUCCUGCCGGCUCCGCAAGAUGGGCUACUCCGCCGAGGAGGAGGCUGAGAUGUACGACUCCAGCUUCUUCUACGAAAACCUCAAGGUUCCCACCGUCGCCAUGGAUAAAGAUCUACAGUUUCACAUUGUUAAGCAAGCUAGAGCUCAAAGUGUGAAAGAAGGCACAGGCUACAGCGAAGGAUCUUACUCAUUACUGCCUGUAGAAGUUCCUCAAAAUCACAAGCGUUUCACCUGUGACCUGACUCAAGCUGAUCGCCUUGCUCUUUAUGAUUAUGUUGUUGAGGAAACAAAGAAACAGAGGUCUAGAUCCCAAAUAACGGAGAAUGACAGCGAUCUCUUUGUGGAUUUAGCAGCGAAAAUCACCCAAGAUGAUAGUCAGAAAGGUCCGAAGUCCCAUCUUGAAAUUCUGGCUGAAAUGCGAGACUACAAAAGGCGGCGGCAGUCAUACAGGGCUAAGAAUGUUCAUAUAACAAAGAAGUCUUACACUGAGGUGAUUCGGGAUGUGAUUGGUGUGCAUAUGGAAGAACUCAGCAAUCACUGGCAGGAGGAGAAUAGGCUGGAUAAUGCAGAGAUAUGUGAAGGAGGGAAGUCAAAAUCUUCAGGAAGAAAGGAAGACCGGCGGUCAGCUUCAGUGGACUCACGGCAAUCCGGAGGAAGCUGUAAGGAUACUGAACGCAGCAGACACAGGAGAGAGGCCAGCAGGAGUCCAAAUAAACGAAAACGGAGUCGUGAAAGAGGCAAAGAAAGAGAUUCUCGGAGAAAAAGAGAGAGGGAUGAAGACAAGUAUCACAGCCAUAAAAGAAGAAAGUAGAAACAAGAACCUGAUUUUUUUGUCAGCUUUUCAAAAAAUUACUUGCGCAGGAACUACCGUUACUGCUGUUGUGCCAGGGACAGUAACACUUUGUACAUAAUAUUGGUGUUGCAUCACAGCUGUGCUUGGAGACAAAAAUGGAAUUGUGUUAAGGUUUGUCAGGAUGGAAGCAGUAUAUACCAGAAAGUGUGUAAAUCUGUAACACUAAUGCAUCUAUUCAUAAAUGAUAUUGAUCUCUCUCAUCUGUUUGAGUUCAGUCUGACAAGGCUGAGAAUGAAAUCUGUGAGAGGCUGUACUGAGUUGUUCCUGGCCCACAGUUAGUGGAUAUAGAACAGAGCUCAUCCCUGGAGUCUCAGAUCAAUUACAAAUGGAAGGGGCAUGAAGAGAGCUCCUCUCCUACCCUCCCGCCUGACACUGUCACCUCGGGGAGCUGUGUUCUGCAAGGACAGCACUGACUGCCCAGUUACAGCAGGUACCAGGGGGCAGACUGCAGAGUUCUCCAACAGGCUAAAACAUCUCCAGCUGCAGCUAGUGGUGAAGGGACAAGAAUGGGAAAGUUACUGUUCCCAAGCUCAUGCUCAAAGAAAUUUAGGAUCAGUGUCAUCUGGCAAAGAUGACGAGGACCUAGCUCUCCACAAACUAGUGGGGAGUGUAAUAUUGCUGACUGCAAUACCCAUUUCCUUCCAGAAAUAACUAGGAGAAGUUCCCAUGCUGUAGACUGACGUACAAGUAUUAGUGAUAGAGGCUGAUAAAACAGUUAGAUGCAAGAUGUACAUGUAUGUAGUAAGGGUGUGCACGAGGAUUCCACUUAACUUCAGUGCGAUUUUUAUCAUACCAAUUUCUAGUUCUGUUAAUUCCUCACACAAGCUACUACAGCAAGGUGAGUCAUCAUCAGCCAAGCUUGUCACCUCCAUGAAGUCAGCAACUAUAAAAGAACAAGCUUGCAGAUCCAUCUUUCCUACAAUACUUCCUUCUCUUCAAGUUGCCAGGAAACGGUGCUCCAUAUGCUCCUGGGUUUGGCCUUCCCUGGCAAUGGACUCUCCAGUUUUACUGUAGCCGCUAGUAUCCUGUCUCUUACCUCAAUCAUUUCUGCAAUUAAAUGUGAUUAACUGUCA